AUGGCUGGUGAUGAUGAUCAACACAGACGAAAAGGUAAAUCCCCUAUGAUUGAAGAGCAACUAUUGAAAGAGUUGGAAGAGAAAGAAAGACGAGAAAGGUUAUCAUCCACUAUGCAGAUGAUUGGGAAGAUGACCAAGGAUGAUCUAGAGAAAGUAAAAAAGAGAGUAAGUGACUUGUUGUAUGAUAUUGAACUCGAUCCUCUCUGGGAAGAAAUGCAUGCUGUAAUGAAUGAAAACAAAGCAGAAGAGAAAAUAGUUGAAAAACCGGUACAGAUUUUGCAAAAGAAGCGUCAUCAUGAUUUUUUCAUAGAUAAAGAAGAGGAGGAAAAAUUAUGGGAAGUGCAGGGUAAAAAGAUGAGGUUGGCUGGAAUGGCAGUAAUGAAGAAAGAAUCUGGGCCACAAGACAGUGAUGCAAUUGCUUCUGAAGAUGAAGAUCCUGCUACCGAUUCCGAAGCAGACGAUACAGAUGAAAAUGAGGAGGAAGAUGGGUUUGAUGAGGAAGAGGGGUUUGAUGAGGAAGAAGAGGGGCCUGAUGAGCAUGAAGAGGAAUAUUAUCAUCAAAGUAUAGAGAAGAAUUCAAAUGGAGAGGGGUCUAAUGCAAAUGAGAAAGCUCAACCCAGGAUAUUUUCUCGUACCAUGUCUGAACCCCUGAACGUGGAUUCAGACGGUGAGGAGAUACCAGGGAUGGAUGUAAAUGUCAAUCCUAUUGCAGCAUAG